CCUCCUCUUAUUUCAGCACCAAAAAAACAUCCCGCAAAUCAACAAAAUCUCUCCCCCUUUCAAUCUUUUUGUGAUCUUUAAAAAUCCUAAGUUAUAAUGGGUGUUAUCACUUUGGAAAAUGAGUUUGCCGUCGCUGUCGCCCCGGCCAAGCUUUUCAAGGCAUACUGCGUUGAAAUUGACACUCUUUUGCCUAAAAUUCUACCAGAGCACAUUAAGAGCUCCGAGAUAAUUGAAGGAAAUGGAGGGCCAGGAACCAUUAGGAAGAUCACUUUUGCUGAAGGAAAAGAUCUCAGUUAUGCCAAGCAGAAGAUUGAGGCAAUUGACGAAGAGAACUUGACCUACAGCUUUAGCUUGAUUGAAGCCAAUGUUUGGAAGGAUGCAGUUGAAAAGGUGACUUACGAGCACAAGUUCGUGCCAACCCCUGAGGGAGGAUCCAUUUGCAAGAGAACCAGCACAUACUACAUCAAGGGUGAUGCUGAGAUCAAGAAAGAUCAAAUCAAGGAUGUAUAUGGAAAAAAGACAGCGGGCUUGUUCAAGGCUGUUGAAGCCUACUUCUUGGCCAAUCCAGAUGCCUAAAUAUGAGAAUUCCUAUGCUUUAUUGUCUCCUUGGUGUGUUUGUUUCUUCUUCUUUUCAAUCAAAAAUGGUGGCUUUGGCUUGGCAUUAGUUUUUUCUUUGUGUUUUGUUAUUUGGGAAAAGCUCCAAGUACGUGAGAGCAUCCACUAUAUAUUACUGAUUAGUGUUUGUUGAUGCGGUCAUAUGCCUAUUUGUAAUGUACAAUUUCUAUUCGCGAGUAAACAUUAUUGUAUUGUUUGCAAUAUACAUAAUAAAAAUCAACUUGUGAUCGA